UCUUCCCUUCCCUAUCCCUCAAAAUUAAAAAUCAAAAUCAAAAUCGCUAUCUACAACUUCUCCCUUCCUCCGGUAAGAUUUGCUGAAUAUAAACCCUCUCAGAUUUUUGUAACGAUUUCAAAUCCCUCUAAUUCCUGUCCCCGAUAUAGCACACCCGCACCAAACAGAGCGUAUUGGAUUUGGUUUGGUUUGGUUUUCAAUCUGAAUCUGGUUCUUCGAUAUUGCUUUUUCUAGGAUCUGUUGGAUUAAUUGCUCGUGUUUCGAUGGCGAACGGCGCUGACACGGAGGAAUACGUGGUGGUGUCCCGCGUGCGGCCCGGACUGAAGCGCGAAUUUGCCUUCGCCUGGAAGUCUCAGGCGGAUUGCGCAGGUUCCACGGGUCGGACCCGGGCUAGGAGGACUCCAAAUGGGGCUUUGGGAAACGAAGCAUCGAAGGAUAGCCCGAGCAGCAAGAGAUUCAAGAGCUCCGAGUCGAAUAAAGACUCGGAGUCUGUUGAAAAACACAAAUUAAUUGGGAGUACUGAAAAUGUGGGUAGUGAUGUUGAAGGAGGUGAUGUUGAGAGAUUGAUUUCGGUUAGUGAGGACGAGCCCAAGAGCGAUGUGGUUGAUUCGACCAGCGAUGAUGAGCAGAGGAGUGUAUUUGUGGAAUCUGCAGUCAAAGAGGUGGUAUCAAUGGGCAUCGAAUUGGUUCGGGAUGAGGGCAAUGCAGCCAAUGAGGAUGCAGGGAAGGAUGUAUCGGAGCAGCCGUGUGAGGGGGCAGAAAUUUCAGCCCAAAAGUUAAAUACAGAAGCAUGUGAUGGAGUUGUAGAUAGGGCAGAAAUUUCAGCCCAAAAGUUACAUAAAGAACCGUGUGAUGGAGUUGUAGAGAGGGCAGAAAUUUCAGCCCGAAUGUUAAGCACAGACCCGGGUGAUGGAGUUAGUGAGAGGGCAGAAAUUUCAGCCCAAAAGUUAAAUAGAGAACCAGGUGAUGGAGUUGUAGAGAGGGCAGAAAUUUCAGCCCGGAAGUUAAAUACAGAAUCGUGUGAUGGAGUUGUAGAGAGGGCAGAAAUUUCAGCCCGAAUGUUAAACACAGAACCGGGUGAUGUAGUUGUAGAGAGGGCAGAAAUUUUAGCCCGGAAGUUAAAUACAGAACCGUGUGAUGGAGUUGUAGAGAGGGCUGAUGGAUUUAUAGAGAGGGCUGAUGGUGUUAUAGAGAGGGCUUUUGAUGAAACGCCUGUGAAGCGGGUGACACGGUCAGUGGUGAAAGUAGUGAAUGAAACUUUGAAGAGAUCAGAUACGGAAGAAGUAAAGACGGGAGACCGUUCAGAAUCUGUUUUAUUGGGGAAACUUGAGAAGAAAAUGCCGAAAAGGAUAAAGGUGAAGAAGUACCCAACAAUGUUGAAGGAGCUUCUGGAAACUGGUUUGCUCGAGGGUUUGCCGGUGACGUACCUACGUGGUAUGAAGACGAGAGGGCCAUCAGAUACUGGUCUUCGCGGGAUAAUCAAAGGCGCUGGGAUUCUGUGUUCUUGUGAUUUGUGUGGUGGAACUCAAGUUGUGACACCUAACCAAUUUGAGUUACAUGCGGGUAGUGGGAAUAAACGUCCACCGGAGUAUAUUUACUUGGAUAACGGGAAUACCCUUCGUGAUGUGUUGAAGGCAUGCAGAGAAGCUCCUUUGGAUUCUUUGGAAGUAAAUAUUCAGAAUGUGAUUGGUUGUUCUCUACAAAACAAGACGACUUCCUGUAUGAACUGCAAAGGACCUAUUUCUAAUUCUGGCUCCGGUAGAACAGUGCUACUGUGCAAUUCGUGCAUGAUUUUGACAGAAUCUCGAUCUAGUCCUGCUCCAUCAAGUGUUAAAAGGGAGAGGUCACCAACUACUGUAUCCAUUCAAAAACUGUCUGAUAGUGGCUCCAGUAGUGCAUCCCGGAUUAGGACUGUAUCCAUUCCAAAACCAUCUGAUAGUGGCUCCAGUAGUGCAUCCCGGAGGGGGAGGAUAACUCGGAAAGAUCUGCGGAUGCACAAGUUGGUGUUUCAGAAUGAUGUGCUGCCUGAUGGAACCGAAUUAUGCUAUUUUGCUCGUGGGAAGAAAUGCUUGGGAGGUUAUAAGAAGGGCUUUGGAAUAUUUUGCUCGUGCUGCCAAAGCGAGGUGAGCCCUUCACAGUUUGAAGCACAUGCUGGUUGGGCUUCUCGGCGCAAGCCUUACCUGCACAUCUAUACAUCAAAUGGAGUCUCUCUUCAUGAGUUGUCAAUACAACUGUCAAAACUGAGGAAGUUGUCAACAGAGGAAAACGAUGAUUUGUGCUCGAUCUGCGCAGAUGGAGGGGACCUUUUAUGUUGUGAUUGCUGCCCUAGAGCCUUCCAUGCAGAGUGUGUUUCUCUGCCUAGCAUCCCUGGUGAUACUUGGUACUGUAAAUAUUGCCUGAACAUGUUCGAGAAAGAAAAAUUCGUGGAGCGCAAUGCAAAUGCCGUGGCUGCUGGAAGAAUUGCGGGAAUUGAUCCUGUGGAAGAGAUAACACGACGGUGCAUCCGCAUUGUUGAAUCUGCAGAUGCUGAUAUUGGUGGAUGCGCACUAUGCAGAGGUCAUGGUUUCAGCAAAUCAGAAUUUGGCCCACAGACAGUUAUACUUUGUGAUCAGUGUGAGAAGGAAUAUCAUGUCGGCUGCUUAAAGGAGCAUGAAAUGGAGGAUCUAAAGGAAUUGCCUGAAGGAAAGUGGUUCUGUUGCAUGGACUGCAAGAGGAUUCAUCAUUCUUUGCAAACGCUGGUAGCUAAUGGAGAGGAAAGGCUACAGGAACCUCUGCUGAAUGCAAUAAAGAAAAAGCUAGUAGAGAAAGGUUCUGACAGUAAUGCGGAUCUUGAUAUAAAAUGGAGGCUUCUUAGUGGGAAGAUGGUUUCUGUGGAUACUAAUGCCUUGUUUGUGAAAGCUGUUGCUAUCUUUCACGACCGGUUUGACCCGAUCGCAGAUUCGAAUGUCCGCCAUUCUGAUCUUAUUCCUGCCAUGGUUUAUGGAAGGAACGUGAGGGAUCAAGAAUUUGGGGGAAUGUUUUGUGCAAUUUUAUCUGUCAACUCCACUGUUGUGUCUGCGGGCAUUAUUCGGGUUUUUGGAGAGAGUGUGGCUGAAGUUCCUUUGGUUGCAACAAGCACUGAAUGUCAAGGACAGGGCUAUUUCCAAGUGCUAUUCUCAUGCAUGGAGAACCUACUCAGAUCUCUGAACGUAAGAAACCUUGUGCUACCGGCUGCUGAUGAAGCAGAGUCUUUAUGGACUAACAAAUUUGGUUUCAAGAAGAUCGCGGAAGACGAGCUGAAGGAAUACAGGAAGGAAUAUCCGUUGAUGGUAUUUCAAGGGACAUCAAUGCUUCACAAAUCAGUGGCACAGUCUUGAAAUCAUCUGAUGCUGGAACGGUAAUCACACAGAAUCAAGAAAACAACUGUCUCUGUGGCUGAAAAGACACAAAAAUAAACUAUGGCGGAAAAAAAAAGUAAAAAAAAAA